AUGGAAUCUCGUCGUACGAAACCAUUUGAAAACUUAAAAGAAUAUUUCUUAGCUAUGAGAGAUCUCGCGCACGAAGGUUCUAUGGAUGAUUCUUCUUUGAAUCAGAAAACAGUUAAGGAACAUGAUGCUGAUGCCCAUGACGAUUUGAAAUUGGAUUUGGAUGAUGACAAUUUGGAUUCGGAUGCUCACGAUGACAAAGAUGAUGAUAAUACCAAUCAUGAAGCUCAUGACGUUGAUGUUGAUGAAGAUGACAUUGGUGAUGUUGACGCAGAUGAUGACAUGCAUCAAGAUCAUGAUAUUCACGAUAACGAUGAUGACAAUCAUGAAGCUAAUGAUGCUGCUGAAGAAGUUGAUGAAGAUUAUGUUCAUAACGUUGAUUAUGGUGAUGAAGAUGACGAUGAUAUUGAUGAAAAUGAUCGUGUUGACAACGACGAUGAUGAUGAUGGAAGUCAUGAAGCUAAUGCUGAUGAUGAUUUCGCUGAUGAACAAAGUUUGCAGAAUAAUAAAGAAGCUGUGAAAAAUCAACUGAGUUUGAACAAGGAUGUGCUGAACAAGCAAAAGAGAAGACUAAAAGUGCAGAAACUCCAAAAGACAAACUAG